ACAAGUUGGAUAUUUAAUUAGUUCAGUAGUUUCCUCGUGUCAUUAAUUAUUUCGCGAUCAAUGGAAAAUACACGAUGAAAGUUUCAAGGGACAUUGAAAAGACAAAACAUAACAAUGAAGAAGACAAGAGAAUGGUUUACGCAAUUCAACAAUGUCUAGAGGACGACAGUUGUCUCCCUUUGAUUAAGGAAGAAAUAAAAUUAAAAAUUCAGUGUAAGAGGGUUGUAUCUGGAGAGGAAGAAUUAACGGUGGACCAUUGUCGACCCGUCAAAUAUUUAUUAACAGAAGAAGAAGUAUUCAAACGUAACAGACGGAAGGAUCAGAACAGAAGAUCUGCUGUCCGUACACGAGCAAGACAGAAAACUCGAAUAGCAGAACUGGAAAAAGAUGUUAAUUCAUUGGAAGAAGAUCAAUGUAGCUUAAAUCAAACAAUAGACUCAUUGAAAACAGAGUUAAAAACUUUGGACAACAUGUUAAAAAUGCACAAGUGUUCACAAGUAAAACUACUUUCUUGUUGUGGUUCCUCGAUAUCACUUAAGCCGACUGGGAAUAAUUUACUGAUACUUGGAGGGAUGUAGAUCAUUAAGUCUAUCUUACCAAUUGUGAAAAAUAUUAUAUAUGUUUGCUCCGUAACAAAAUGUAAAUUAAACGAUGAUAAUGUAGAAUAAAUUGAUAUUGAAUGAGAUAUUAAUGUAGUAUCGAUUUGCUAUUCAUACGUGUCGAUUAUUUUAUAUUUGUAAUGGUUGAUGGCACAUUAUUUUUACAGCAUUUCGUCUAUUCGUAUAAGCCAUUAUUGCUUUCGAAAUAAAAUACAACCGAUA